GAUUAGCAAUCACAUCGAUUUACCGAGUAUAAAUAUAUACGUAGUUCUACUGACGAUAAGUUCUAUCCCUUUUUAUUGUUUAAACAGUCUAUGACAAUUGCGCCGGCCCGCACAGAAAUACUACCAAUACGAGAACCCCCCAGAAUCCCGAAUAUCGCCCCCAGACAAGAAUGACUCUCAAAUACCUCGUCGUAGGUGCCGCGGGUGGCCUGGGACGCUAUGUUCUUGACCACUUUGUCGCCAACAAGCCUACGCAUGAGUUCGCCGCUGCGUCGACCAAAGAGUCGAAUAGAAAGCAGUUCGAGGAUCGCGGUAUUGCUUUCCGAAGGGUGGAUUAUGAAGAUGCCGCUUCGCUAGAUGCCGCUUUCCACGAUGUCGAGAAUGUGCUCUUUGUGAGUACCAACACGUUCGAUAAUGAGAAGCGGCGGAAGCAGCACCAGAACUUUGUCGAUGCGGCCAAGAGGAAUGCGGUUAAGCAUGUGUGGUAUACUUCACUAGCUUUCGGGGGAUUUGAGUCCAAUUCAAAGGCUACCGUGCAGACAGCGCAUUUGGAGACGGAGGAAAUGCUUAGAACAUCUGGAGUCACCUAUACCUCUAUCCGAGAGGGCGCAUACACAGAUGCAUUUCCCGUGUUUUUGAAUUGGUAUCCUGAUUCAACCACCGUGCCGUUCCCCACUGACGGCCCCAUCGCAUUCACUCUGCGCUCGGAGCUGGGUGAGGCAACGGCACGUUUGAUGAUUGCAGGUGGCCAUGAGAACGAGAUUGUCCUACUGACCGCCGAGGGUACAGUCCGACCAUCGGAGAUUGUGGACAUUAUCAAUCAGACCACGGGUCGGCAGGUGAAGUUUGAGCGGGUGUCUGGCGAGGAAUAUGUUCGGACAUAUGCAGAAAAUGACGAGGGGGGAAAGCCUAAGGCGUUCUUUGAACAGACCUUGACCUGGUACGAGGGAAUCGAGAAGGGCGAAUUGGCGACGACACAUCCGUUGAUGAAGGAGCUUCUGGGUAGAGAACCCACAAAGCCGCGGGACGCCAUCAAGGCGUUGUUGACGGAAAACCCCAACUAUACAUGGCACCAAAACUAUGUGAAUUGAGCAUCUGUAUAGAUCUAUGACUAAACUAAUAUAACAUGGCGCAUUUGUUCCUUGUACUGUAGAGUGAACGGACGCGCGAGAAUUGUCUCUUAACUUGACUUAGACCAGCUUUCUUCUCCCCCCACCUACACCCGGGUUGAAGACCCACGGAAUGUCAUCGAGCAUACGCUUGGGAAUAGGACAGUGAGAAAAUGGUUGAAUGGAGUAGUGAUCCAGGAUGAACUCCGUUACCUUACGGUUCGUGUGGGAACUAG